AUGGUGGACAGGACCACUCGAUGGCCGGAGGUAGUGCCCCUGUCGUCUACUACUUCGGCAGACGUGGCCCGGGCUUUUAUUUAUUUGUGGGUGGCGCGGUUUGGGGUUCCUCCGGACCUGACUUCUGAUAGGGGCCCCCAGUUCACCUCGGAGCUGUGGACUUCAGUGGCUGGGAGCUUGGGGGUUAAACUUCACCGGACCACGGCAUAUCAUCCGCAGGCUAACGGGUUGUGCGAGAGGUUUCACCGGACUAUGAAAUGUGCCCUCCGGGCCUCUCUGGUAGACAAUAGCUGCGUGGACAGGUUGCCGUGGGUUUUGUUGGGUUUACGCUCCGCCCCCAAGGAGGAUCUGCGCUCCUCUUCUGCUGAGUUGGUUCUGGGACAGACACUGAGGGUCCCGGGGGAGUUCCUGCAUACCGCCCCUGGCCUGGUUCCGAGGGUGGCUACACUGCCUUUUUCCCCGGCAGGAGCUUUCAGACCGGUCGCGGCACACCACUGUAUGCCUCAGGCCCAUGUUCCUAAGGACCUUAUGUCGACCAAAUAUGUUUUUGUACGUCAUGACGCACACUGUUCUCCCUUGCAGGCGCCUUACGAUGGCCCAUUCCGGGUGCUGGAGACAGGGGACAAGUAUUUUUUGGUUGAGAUCGGGGCUGGCCAAGAUCGGGUCACGGUGGACCGCUUGAAGCCUGCUCAUGUGCUCCGGGACGAGGAUGUGGAGUUGGCCCGCCUUGCUCGCGGGGCCGCCCGCCUAAUCCUGCCCCGGUAG